AUGUUUGUGUGUCGCCUCAUUGCUGCAGCCGAUCUUGAAGACGACGACUCGGGUCCGAUCGAGCAGGUGGCCAUCGAAGAUAUGGACGGCCCCGCACGUCCGCAGACCAAGGUGAAUGUAGAGGACUUCGACCUGCUCAAGGUGCUCGGCAAGGGCUCCUUCGGUAAAGUUAUGAUGGUGCGUAAGAAGGACACGAAGAUGAUCUAUGCCAUGAAGACGCUUCGCAAGGCCGCACUCGUGAAGCGUAACCAGCUGCUGCACACCAAGACGGAGCGCAGCAUCUUGCAGAGCAUCAAGCACCCGUACCUCACCAGUCUCACAUACGCCUUCCAGACGCCCGACAAGCUCUACCUGGUCAUGGACUACUGUGGUGGUGGCGAGCUCUUCUUCUGGCUCAAGAAGGACCGCCGCUUCUCACAGCAGAAGGCGCGUCUAUUUGCUGCCGAGAUUAUCCUCGCUCUCCAGGAGCUCCACAAGCACGACAUCAUUUACCGUGACUUGAAGCCUGAGAAUAUUCUACUGGAUCUGGAGGGACACAUCCGCCUCACGGACUUUGGUCUCUCCAAGGAAGCUGUGACGGGCGCUGGCGCUACGGGUGGUACCAAGACGUUCUGUGGUACUCCUGAGUAUCUGGCUCCUGAAAUCCUGGAGAACAAGGGACACGGCAAGGCUGUGGACUGGUGGAGUCUCGGUACGCUUAUCUACGAGAUGCUCACGGGUCUCCCACCCUUCUACGACCAGAACAUGCAGCGUAUGUACGACAAGAUCCUGAACGCGCCUCUGCGCUUCCCGUCGUUCAUGUCGGCUGAGGCCAAGGACCUGCUCACUGGUCUGUUGACGCGUAAGGUGGCGGACCGUCUUGGUAGCGGCCCCACGGACGCCGAAGAGAUCAAGUCGCACCCGUUCUUCAAGGGUAUUGACUGGGAGGCUGUGCUACGUAAGGAGGUGCAGCCAGAGUUCAAGCCGCCUAACCGAUUGGGCUCCAUGGACACGAGCAACUUCGACGUCGAGUUCACUGCUGAGAAGCCAGUGGACUCGGUCGUCACUACGACGAUGAGCGAGACCCAGCGCAACAAGGCACAGUUCCCUGGUUUCACGUACAACGCGGAUACUAUCGAUGAAGACCACAAGGGCAACUAA